CUUCUCCUUCUGCAGCAUAUCCACCUUUCGGGAUAAAAAUUUGCAGAUGGGGAAUGCUAGUUUCACCCUUUUACUUGUGUGUGCCUUAUGGAUGUGCUCGGGAGUAUGGUGCCACUACAACUGCUCCGUAGGGUACGAUUCGGACAAAAUGCUAGAACGAUACGAACGAUGGCUGAGCCGACACGGCCGGAAGUACAAGAACAAGAAUGAAUGGGCGUUGCGGUUCGAGAUUUAUAAGUCCAAUGCUUUGUUCAUCGAUUGCAUCAAUUCUCGGAACCUAUCAUACAAGUUGAUUGACAACAAAUUUGCAGACAUGUUAAAUGAUGAGUUCAGAGCUGUGUAUUUGGGUUACCAGAGGUUAAGGUUUCCACGUGAGACCAAAAUCUUCCAACGAGACAAAUAUCACGAUUUGCCAAAGAGCAUAGAUUGGAGAAAGAAAGGUGCAGUGACUGCUGUCAAGGAUCAAGGCACCUGUGGAAGUUGUUGGGCGUUCUCAGCGGUGGCGGCCAUAGAAGGAAUCAAUCAAAUUAAGACCGGAAAGUUGACGUCUCUUUCAGAACAAGAACUUGUUGACUGUGACACCGACUCAUUUAAUGAAGGCUGCAACGGUGGAGACAUGACCAAAGCAUUCGAAUUCAUUAUAAAGAAAGGUGGAAUUGCCGCCGACAAAGACUAUCCAUACGUGGGAACAGACGGCAGCUGCAAGGAUAAAGAAGCUAGAAAUUAUGCAGCUACGAUUAGUGGAUACGAAUUAUUACAUAAAAACAUGGAGAAAAGCCUGCUAGUUGGAGUCGCCAAGCAACCUGUAUCAGUUGCCAUCGAUGCAGGUGGGUAUGAAUUUCAAUUCUACAGAAGCGGUGUCUUCACCGGAGGUUGUGGAUAUCAACUCAACCAUGGAGUUGCAGUAGUCGGCUAUGGAGAAGAUGGCAGUAAGAAGUACUGGCUAGUUAAGAAUUCCUGGGGCACCUCCUGGGGAGAAUCUGGAUAUAUUAGGAUGGAACGUGAAGUCUCUGAUGAAAGAGGCCUAUGCGGUAUUGCUAUGGAUUCUAGUUACCCUGUAAAGUGA